CAUCAUGGCCUGUCCAACCCACCAGCUCCCCAAACCGAAGAGCGUGCUUCGUGUUUGUGUUUCUGCGUUGUUUCGUUCGUUCCUCCGGACAAAAUCACCCCCCCCCCCGCGUCACGACUCAAUGCUGCUACCACAAAAGAUUCGGUGCCAUCAUCAACUACAGAUAGCAUUUGGACGGCAAGGCAACGACCAUCAUCUCACCCAUUCCUCGGCAAGUGCACAACGCCCGACGAAGCACGGAGAGCAAACCAAAGAAUCAAGGAGCCUUCGAAGAACCCUGGCUGGAUCGAGGGCCCGGACGGUCGAUUUUAUUCGAUUCGAUUCGAUUCGAACCAAAACACAACACAACACAACACAACACCACAUUCGGAACCUGCACACGGUCCGGCAUCCUGCGAGUGCAAGAGACCACCAAACACMGCAUUGCGUGGCGACCCCCCGGAAGCAGACGCAGCGGCACAGCCGAACAACAAACCUAGCGGAGCGGAGCGGAGGAAUGCGACAGCGGGUGGUCUGCGUGCCAGCGCAUCGAAAACCCACGCACCACCGUGCCAUGGAGCAAGGGCCAUCGCCGUUGCCGUCCGCGACCCGGAGCACCUUCCGCAGGCGCACCCGGUUCCGGUCCGCUGCGGCGGCGCUGUGCUGGUCGGUGGUGGCGGCGGUCCUGUCCCUGUCGGCGGGCCCGGCGAUUCUUUUCUGCGCGGCCGAAGGGGAAGCCACCGGCGGCUCGGGGGUGAUCCCCUCCGCCGGUGCGACCGGUGCCCCCACGGUCGCUCCCACCCGUCGUCCCAUCGUCCUCGUCUUUGACGGCGAAAAGGCCACGAUCCAGGGCGACGACGACGAAUCGGACCGCGAGCCGUACUCCCGCGGGUGGAUCAACUACGCCUUUUAUUUUUUUCGCUACGGCGCCCUCCUGUGCCUCGUCUGCUACCCCUGCGUCCGCGGGCUCGGGGUGUGGCAUUCCGCGGGGGGCCGGAUCCUCCUGCGGUACUCCUCGUACGACGACCGCGGACGGGGGAUCGGCCUUCCCACCGGCCUGCGCUACCGGCCGGCAGACAUCGAGCGGUGGCUCUUUCUCACGGGCCUGGUCGACCCGGCGGAGGGGGGUCCCGGCUCCCAUCCCCACGGCCCCCGUCCCCCGCGGGCGGUCCCCGACCGGCUGACGCACGCGGAGGUCCUCGCCCUGCCGGAGAUUUCCGCCCCGGCGCCGCUCCGGGGCGAAGACGAGCACGGGACGGCCCACGGAUCCGGCGAUUGCGAUCGCGAUUGCGAUUGCCACCAAACGGCGGAGGUGGUUCGGAUCGGAGCGGGGAAAGAGGAAGGCAGCCCGACCGAGGAACACGCCGAGCCCGGCGGCGGCCCUUGCACCGACGCGGAUGCCGGGGAAGCGGCGGCGGCGUCGACCGCAACCACCACCACUACCACCACCACCAAGUCGACCGCCUGCUCCAUCUGCCUCGACGAUUUCGAGGCCGGCGAGCCCCUCCGGUUGCUCCCGCGGUGCGGCCACGCCUUUCACACCGACUGCAUCCUCCCGUGGCUGACGGAGCGACAGGGCGUCUGUCCCUACUGCAAGGUCCCGGUGAAGGAGCCGCCGCGAGGGAGCGACGAGGACGAGGACGAGGACGAAGGUGUAGAUGCGGACGCGGACGCGGAUUUGGACGAGGAGGCCGGAGGGGGACGCCGGGGCCCUUGAGCCGGGUGCACAAUCGAAUCGAAUCGAAUCCGUUUGUUCGUUCGUUCGUUCGUUCGUUUCAAUCGCCAGCCAGCCACACGUUACGAGCGAAUCGGAAGCUGGUCCCGGGAUGCCUGCACGGUGCAAAGGAACGGACCGGCCCUGGUCUGUAUCCUGUAUUCGAUUGGAAGAACCCAUCGGGUCCCGGAACGUGGAACGGAUUGCGUGUGUCUGUUUGCAACGUGCUGCCGGAAGAACUGACUGGAACCACUGGUUCCAAGCCCACGAAGCGGGGAACCCAAAGCGGUUGUUGGACAAUUCGGGUCGUGCCCCUUUAGGAAGGGUUCCCGAAAACCAGCAGCGGAGGGCUCUGGUUUGGAAUUGUCCUAGAUUUCCAUUCCGGUUUUGUUUGCACUAGCCAGUGGUUGGACUGCACUCAAACCUCAUAGCACGAAUGAGGAUGCUGCGGAAACGAAGCACACCCACGUCGGCCAAAGAUUGAUAAUAGUACUCCAACCUCUAACCCCCAGGUGCGACUAUGAUACAUACGAUAUUGCUUCCAGGACGUACGUAUCGUACGUACGACUUGUAUGGUAUGGGAUCGAGUUGAUGAAACUUCUUACAAACAGUUGGGAAGAACUUGUACGGCCUGUUUCUACGAUUGAUGAACCAAGAGUUUCCGUACCGUACCGUACCGUACUAACCUUAAGUAAUAGAACACGUACUACUGCGCACUGCUCUGAAAUAAUUAUGACGCCCGUAGUUCACGACCCUGCCAUCACACGGAACGAGUUCACGCGCGCUAUGUAGAAUGGUUUUUAGCUAUUGUUUUGCUUUGUUUUUAAUUUAUUUGAAACGGAGAAUCGCGAGCGUUAGAGCAAGACGGUAACCCAGAGUGCUACUCCGCUGGCCUACUCACCUUUUUUCGCAACCGUCAGCCAUCUUUUUCGCAACGGAAUUUUUGUUUCCGUUUCCCGUUCCUUCGCUUGCCCUUCCGAUGCCGAUCCGAUCCCCAUCUGCGGAGGUACGAGUAGAAGUACGCUACGGAACGAGUACGAGUACGUUGCGCUGCGAAUGCUUCGUUUGGAACGAACAACCGGAAUCUCCUCUCGCUCCCAUUUUGGCAAACCCCGUGCUUCCAGCUCGUCGAAGCGUCCUUCGCAUCGCACCAACACCGCUCCGAAACUCCAUGACGGCCAUGCUGCUGUCGCCUCCGUGCUCGCACGAACUCAAAACAACAAGCGAUGCGUGCGGAACCGAGAACGACGGCUCAAGGAGACACGCCUUGGGCAUCGAAAUCGAACGGACCAACAACGAGUUCGCGGAGGAAAGGUGCCGAGAGAUCCUUUCCCACUACGAAGAGGAAUCCCACCGUCCCGAGCACGAAGACGCGCGGUGGCUCGUCGGACAGCUGGAUCGAGAGGAGCAGGAAAUCGCCGCCCGGUGCUCCUAUGCCUAUUGGUAUCUCUCGCGGCGCUCGCUCGAGGAACCUUCGGCGCAAGCCGUCAAAGAUCCCGCCCGGUUUGCGAGCGCCAUGCAGGAGGCACGCCGCCACUUGGACUGCGCCGACCACCGAUCGGAGGUCCUAAAGGUCUUUCGGGAGACCCUGGACUUUCACCGGUCCCACAAAACAGCGCUCUACCGAACCUGCAUGGUUGACGCUCCCGGCGCGGACAAGGGCCUGUCGGACUCCGAAAAGGAACUGAGCAAGGGACGCAGGGAACGCAUCGGCGACGAAAUGAAGGACCUCCAAACCAACGUCGUUCGGGGCCACGACCGGGAGGACCGCGCGAUUUUCUUUGCCUUUCCCCGCCGAAAAGCCGGGACCUCGGAGGACGCCUUUGUGGAUUCGCUGGUGUACACCGUGGAACGCGCCGCGGCCUCUUCCGAGUUCCAAUCGAUCGGCCGCCAGGACCAGAUCGUCGUCGUUCUCGAUACCAAGGGGAGCUCCUGCCCGCCCUUCAAGACCCUGCAGGCCGCCGUUGGAAUACUCCAAAACUUUUAUCCGGGACGCCUGAAAACAUGCGUGAUUCUCAAUCCCCACUACGUGGUCACGGGAAUCUUCCGGAUGAUCAAACCCUUUAUGCACCCCCUCACCUUCUCCAAGUUUGUGCUGGUCAAAGCCAAGCGACAGAGCGGCAUUGCAGAGGAAGACUCGGUGCUGUCCCGGUUGAUCGACGAGUCGCAGGCCAUGCCCGAAAUGAUGCCGGGGCGUGGGAAGCUCGCCUCGAAGGUAGACGUGGACCGAUUCUUGUACAAAGUCCCUUUUUAUCGGCUCUACGAUUGCACCGACCCCGAGCACGACCCGAAGCUGCUAGACAGGGAAACACACUCGACAACCUCCACCACGCUAUCGCUGUCGUCGUCGUCGUCGUCCCUGUCCCUGUCGUCCGAUGCCGCCGACGAAGACGAACACGAAUGCGACGAGGCGACCGAACCGUUGGCAAACCUUGAAAGGGGAACCACCAAGGCCAAACCCACCCGAGUGGCGCUGCGUUCCCUGGCCGUGGGGCAGCUCUCCGUGCGAGCCAGCCCCGGAUCUCCCAUGGUGGUCGAUCUCAGAAUCGUUGGCUGAACGACACGAAUGGCGGCACGACCGGACGAAACACAAAAAAAGACGACACCGUGCACCAGAAAUGCUUUCAUCGAUUUCACUCGGGGAUAGAUACAACUUGUUCGAAAUAGAUAGGAACGAUUAUU